CCCACUCAAUCUAUCAAGACCCGAGCAGUUCUAUUAGAUAUAGGAUAAGAAACAGAGAUAGGGAGCACAACAACCUAUCUCUUCAUGCACUCCCCCGCUUAUCUAAGCGACUCUACCCAGAUAAUAAAGAUAAUAUCAGAUAAGGCUUAGUCAUGGUCAAUGGUUGCUUUAGGUCGAUCUUUGUGUUGUCCUUUAUAGAUGGAUCUGAACGUUUCCAUUUAUAACACUGUGCUACCAGAGAACAUUUAAAGACCAUUGCAUUACUGACUGACUACACUCCUUUGCUUAUGUAACGAAAAGUGAGGGCUACGAUACAAUCAUGGCAGUGAAUGUUCCUGGACUGGCGGCCGUGGUGGUUUUUUACAUCGUCAUCCUGGUUAUUGGGAUCUGGGCAUCUCGAAAGUCCAAGAAAGUGGAGAAAACAUGUGCUGGCACAAAAAGCGAGGUUGCCAUUGUUGGUGACCGCAACAUCAGUGUCCUGGUCGGGGUUUUCACCAUGACAGCAACAUGGGUUGGUGGAGGUUACGUCUUGGGAACUGCUGAGGCUGUUUAUUCUCCGUCUCAAGGUCUCAUCUGGGCCAUGGGGCCUCCUGCAUAUCUUACCAAUUUUGUUUUGGGAGGAUUGUUUUUUGCAAAACCUAUGAGGUCAAAGCGCUACGUGACGAUGUUAGACCCGUUUCAGCAUCGCUAUGGAAACAUGCUCACUGCAACACUCCUGCUUCCUGCUUUGAUGAGUGAUAUUUUGUGGGUUGCCUGCAUUCUCGCUGCUCUGGGAGGAACGAUGAGCGUCAUUCUUGGUCUGUCAUCUGCCCUCUCGAUCAUUAUCUCUGCAGGUGUCUCCAUCACCUACACAUUUCUAGGGGGAUUCUACUCUGUGGCAUAUACUGACAUCAUCCAGCUGUCCUUCAUCUUUGUCAGCCUGUGGCUCUGUAUUCCUUUUUUGUUACUUAGUCCUGCAGUUGCUGACGUCUCACAUACAAUCAACCUGAACCAAACCAUUGGAACCUCCUGGGUCGGAGAGUUGAAGUUGGAGGAUGCAGGAAAAUGGGCGGAUGAGAUGCUGUUAUUGGCUUUAGGCGGACUGGCCUAUCAAGCUCUAUACCAGAGGAUCCUCUCCGCAGCCUCCUCUGCUCAGGCUCAGGUCACCUGCUUCGCUGCUGCUGGAUCUGUUUUUAUUAUGGGAAUCCCCUCAGUUAUCAUUGGAGCAGUGGCUUCGACUGCAGACUGGAACCAGACAGCGUAUGGUCUACCCCCUCCUUUUGAGCGAGGGGAAGCGGGGAAGAUCCUGCCUCUGGCCCUGCAGCACCUCACCCCCACCUGGUUGUCAGUGUUGGGCAUUGGCUCUGUGGCCGCAGCAGUUAUGUCCUCAAUGGACUCUGUGCUGCUGUCCUCAGCAUCCAUGUUUACACAAAACAUAUACAAGAUGACUUUGAGGAAGCAGGCCUCGGAGCGGGAGUUGCAGUGGGUGAUCCGUAUCAGCGUGCUGGUGGUUGGCCUGGCAGGAACAGGCCUGGCCUUUGGUGAUGACAGCGUGUUCGGCCUCUGGCUGGUAAGCGGUGACCUCCUCUACUGCGUCCUCUUCCCGCAGCUCAUCUGCGUGCUGCACUGCGGCUUUGCCAACAGUUACGGAGCCUUCAGCGGCUUCACAAUGGGACUGCUGCUGCGUGCUCUGAGCGGGGAACCGCUGCUGGGGAUCCCCGCUGUCAUCCUGUACCCCGGCUGGAGGGAGGUGGACGGUGUCAUCAUACAGUACUUUCCCUUCAGGACUCUCGCCAUGCUUGCCUCCUUGACAGGUGUUAUUGCAGUUUCCUGGCUGGUGCAGUUAGGCUUUUAUCACAAACUAAUUCCUCAGUCCUGGGAUUUACUGGGGGCGUUUGAAGAGAAAACAAAGGGACAGGAGGAGGAAGUACCUGUUCCUUUGGAGGAAAAGAACAACAUCCUUAAUACAAAAUUAUAGUGUUAGUACAAUCUCAGCCAAAGGAUACCUAAACCUUUUUUUAUGCAAAAUUCCUACCAACAUUCUUCUCUGCACAGACUAUUUCCGCACAAUCUUACAUGUAUUGUACACUUCACCUUUAAUACUGAUGUAAAUGCUUUAUAUUCACCAAGUUCUGAACAGCAUUAUGUGGAGAGUAUUUCAAAGGGGCAGUUUAUACACUCUAAAAACAAAUGCCUUGGCUCAACAAAGAAAAUCAACGCAACAGUUUGCAUCGAUCUUUAUUGAGUUAAGACAACUUCUAAUGAAAUUGUCUUAAAGCAACAAAGUUAUUUGAGUUAGGGGAGAAGGCUUUUCCUCUACAAUCAGAGGUGUUUUUAAUUACCACUUACUUAAUAAUUGGUCGCAUAAAGACAAGUUUUGAAAAAGAUGAAGUUGUUCCAACUAGUUUUACCACAUGAUUUAAAAGGAAUUGUAAGUUGUAUGUACUUAAUUACCCUCAUUCGGGAUACAAGUUUUUAAGUUGAUUACUCCAAAAAUUAAGUUGCUCCAACUUGUUUUACCGUAUGAUUUAAAAGGAAUUUUAAGUUGUAUGUACUUAAUUACCAUCAUUGUGAA